AGAGUUAAUAUCCUAGACAUUUAGAAGCAUUAGACAACUCUUUGCAAAGAUGGCAGCUAAGGUUUUUGCCUUUUUUUUUGCUCUCCUUGCUCUCUCGGCGACCGCUGCUACAGCGUACAUUUCACCAGUGACCGCUGCAGCAGCAACUAUUAUUCCGCUAUACUCCCCGCAGGCUACUGCUAUAGCAGCCACACACCCGUGCAUGCAGUACUAUGCACAACUCCAGGCGUUGGCAUCAGGUAUCUUAGCCCCAUCCGCCGUGCUCAUUCAACAACCACUUGCCAUCGUUCAGCAGCAAUGCCAAGCACAUCUUGCAGUACAGAGCAUAAUUGCUCUUCGUCACCAACAACAAAUGUUGGUGAACCCCGCUGCUACCCUGCUGCAAAACAUGUUCAACCAACUGGCUGUAGCGCACCCCAUCACCGUUUCCGCCUACUGGCAACAACAACAAUUACUGCCAAACGUGUUUAACCAAGUGGCUAUGACGAGCCCAGUAACCUACUGGCAGCAGCAACAACUGCUGUCAAACGUGUUCAACCAAGUGGCUUUGGUGAACCCCAUCACUGCUGCCUACUGGCAACAACCACAAUUGCUGUCAAAUGUGUUCAACCAAGUGGCUAUAGCAAGUCCUGUCACCAACUGGCAGCAGCAACAACAAUUGUUGUCAAACGUGUUCAGCCAAGUGGCUUUGGCGAACCCUGCUGCCUACUUGCAACAACCCUUCAUCAAUGGUGCUAUCUUCUAGAUGAUGUAUGAGGUUGUACUCCAAUAAUAAAGUUCACAUACCAAUACUCUGUGUUUUCAUAAAUGAAAAGCAAAGAUG